AUGAACUCGAAUUAAACGAAUAAUCAGAAGAAGCCCAAACCUAAAUUGUAGUUAAAUGUGAAUGUGGUUGAUGUUCAACCUGAAAGCACUCAUUCUUCGAAUGGAUGGAAAUAACAAACUGAUAUCUUUUUCAAUGAACCCAUUGAUUAGUUCGUAUAAUUUUAACAUAAUGGUAAAACAGUCGCAGAUGUAGCUCAGUUGAAAUGUGGGAGGAGAUACUAAGAAGAUAGAUUUGUUGGAAUUCCUAAUCUAAAUAUAAAUUAGGAGAUGUAAUUCUUUUACGCCAUAUAUGACGGACAUGCGGGACAUUCAGUUUCAGCGAUCCUUGAAAACAAGCUUCAUGAAUAUUUGCAGAAGGAUUGCAAUUUUGAGGAUAAUCUCGAGAAGGCCAUCAUAAAUAGCUUUGAGAGAAUGAAUCAAUACAUUCUGGAUUGUCAGGAGGAGAAUCAUCAUUUGGGUGGAUCGACAGCUCUUUGUGUGAUCAACAAACACAAGGACCUCUAUGUGGUGAAUCUCGGAGAUUCAGCAUGCGUUUUGAUCACUGAAGAACUCUAGAUAGAGAAGUUGAAUUCGGAACACAAGUUGAAUAGGGAAGAUGAAUUCAAGCGAGUGGAACAAAUAGCUACAAUUUUGGACAGACAUUCUAUUCCGCGAAUAAACGGGGAACUGGCAGUGACGAGGGCUUUUGGAGAUAAGAAACAUCGAUAGUCAGGUCUUAUUGCAAUUCCUGAGAUUAAAGUGCACAAAAUCCAGGCUAAUGACAAAUACUUGAUUUUGGCUUCGGAUGGAUUUUGGGAUCUCAUAAAGAACGAGGAACUGCAGAAGUUGAUUGAAAAUUGGAAUAGGAAAGAGAUUGAUUAAUUGGCCUAAUAUCUUCUUGACAAGGCAUCGUCGAAAAAUACAAAUUAUAAAAAGGAUAACAUGACUCUAAUUGUAAUAGAUAUUCAAUCUUAUUGGAAAUGA